CGAUUCAAGAUCCGAGAUAGCCGAUAAUUUCUCUCUGCUAGAUAAUUCGGUCACCUGUUCCAAGUUGUUGUUCGUCACUGCGUAUCAUGCUGCUCACACCGAUCGGCCUCUGAAGUUUGCCUUCGAGUGUUUCUUGGUGUCAUUAUGCAUUACGUUUUGCAAUAUGAUGAUUUAUCUCAAAACGAUCAACAAAACUUGGGCAGCGACACAGAUACUCGGAAUGGCGACCUUACUGGCGCUUGGAGUUUGCUUGCUUCACUAUGAGAUGGUAAUCCCGAUGGAUCACGCUUGGCACGCUAUUGUUGUUCCCUCCAUCAUCUGUUUCCUUGUGUGGCUUGAGGUUGCUCUGCUGAUAUACACCCAGAUAAAGCAGGAUGGAGGCGACGAGCACUUGCUCCUAGAUCUGCUCAUGAAAUUGUGGGAGGCGCCCAUCAGCAUGUUCCGAUGUUUCGAUCUGAUACAAAACCCCUGGGAUGCAAAUAAGAUUCUUCUCUUGUUGGGGAGCGGCCCGCCAAUGAUCAUCUUAGAUUGUCAGAUCGGCUGGAUCGUGUACAAGGUAGUCGAAUGGUUCAUCAAGAUCCCUCGACUUUUUGCCAGGAAAACAGAGCAGGCAGCCGGAGCUACCACGGGGGGCAAUGGAGGCCGUGAUUCUGGGGACCAGGUGGCAGAUGAACAUGUCGAGGAGGGCAACAGCCUUCCCGUGACAAUCGGAGCUUGUCAGCUCGGCUGGCUUGCGUACACUGCCGGCAUCAAGUUUGAGUUUAUCAAAUGGAUCAGGAAGAACCGUGGGGUUUCCACCCUGGAAGGCGAGCAAGCUGCCCCAGUUGCCAUGGAGAAAUAUGGAAGCGGGGAUUCUGGGCAGCAGGUGCAAGAAGAAGAGGUCAAGGUGGUCGUGGCAUCGCUGGCUUAGCCUCUCCGGUGUUGUGGAUAUGGAUGGAUGGCCACACCCAUUUCGCAUGAUUAUCUUACAGAUUAUGUGUUGUGGUAGUUAAUUGAAUCCGGGUUUAGUGCCAUUACAGAGAAAUGGAUCCCUGCAUUUGACGGGGAAUUCCAUCUGCUGAGAAUAUUUAGUUUCAGCAAUAAAUUAUAGUGAUGAUGUUCUCAGCAUCUAUGUUGUUCUGAAACUAAAUUAUAGUUUC